CGCGUGGAGAAAAAUAAAUAAACAAGAUCGAAAAUCUGCGUUCGUGUGCAGUUUUGCCGAAAUUUGUUCACAUCAGCGAUCAUCUCCGAGAGAUCAUAAGUUGUGUGAAGCAACGUGCCCGUAAGAAAAUGUAAAAUUAAUCGCGUGUAAAACACUCGCCUGAUCCCAGUGCAGCUUCCCCGUCCACAAAUAUACUGUGUGUGAUUUAGUCAGCAGCAGUCUGCGAAUAGUUUAAUUCAAACCCUCAUUAAAUUUCCAACUUGGAGGCCCUGUGUUUUUUUUUGGAAUCUGACUUUCGGACGGCUACAGAGCCAGUUCAAUCAUGAACCAGGAAAUACGCAUCAAGACCAAACACUUCUAUGCAGUUCUCGUGAUCGUCGGAUUUCUUCUCAUCUACAGCCUGAGCUUCAACCGAGGAUGUGAGGAGGAAAUCGGAAACGGAUUCAAUGAUCCGUCGGAACUGGGGGGCGUUCGGGAUGCGUUCCAUCUGAGCCCGAAAGGACCCACUAUCUACGCCAUUACGCCUACGUAUGCGCGACCCGUGCAAAAGGCAGAACUGACCAGGUUAUCUCAAGUGAUUCGCCUGUCGCCGAACGUGUUCUGGGUGCUGGUCGAGGACGCCGAACACAUUUCCAAGCUCGUUACUAACCUGCUGGAGCGAAGUGGCCUUCAGGAUCGCAGCGUUCAGUUGGCAGCAAAAACACCCAAAGAUUUCAAACUCCAGGGCAAGGAUCCGAACUGGUUGAAGCCACGAGGGGUGGAGCAACGAAACAAAGCCCUCGAGUGGGUUCGGCAGCACAUGGCCGACAACGGUGGACGGGAACGGCAUUCUGUGGUCUACUUCAUGGACGACGAUAACACUUACAGUUCUGAUCUGUUUGCGGAAAUGGCCAAAAUCGAGAGGAACAAGGUUGGAGUUUGGCCCGUUGGAUUGGUCGGUGGCCUGAUGGUUGAAAAACCGGUCCUCAAUCGGGAUGGAAUAGUGCUAGGAUUCAACAGUGCCUGGCGUCCGGAACGACCAUUUCCUCUCGAUAUGGCCGGAUUUGCAAUCAGCUCAGAUCUGCUGCUCGAUAAUCCGCAGGCACAGUUCAGCUACGAGGUUGAACGAGGCUACCAGGAGAGCGAAAUCCUUCGCCAUCUAACGAUCGUACAUGAAAUGCAACCUCUUGCCAACAAGUGCACCGACGUUUUGGUCUGGCACACACGAACGGAAACGCCGAAGCUGGACGCCGAAAAGUCACUUGUAAAAUCUGGGAAACGAUCCGAUGCUGGAUUGGAAGUUUAAAACUGUCCCUGGUGGUGGAAGUUAGUUAGAAUCUACCGCAAGAGGCCUAAACGUGCAGCCUAAAAUGUGAUUGAAAUCUACCUAUAAGUAUGUCUCAUUGACGCUAAAUUUGCCGAAAAUCGCUAGAGUAGACUUAACGUAAUUUUAAAAACAGUAUUAUUUGACCAACGAUAAAAACAUACUCAUUGUUUCGGGUCCUCAUUUCCAUUGUCUUCCGAAAAAUUACACGAACAAUGCAAUCGAAGGCUAUGCAGUAAUGCAUCACAAUAGUUUACCGUAAUUUGUUUCUUUUCGGGCCCCUCAAAUUCGAUUUUCCUAAAAUACGCAACAACCUUCACAUCUACAUAUUAUAGUAUACGCACAGAAAAGAUAAAGCUUAACAUUUGAUAUGAACGAAACACAAUUGUAAAGCCAUGUACCUAAGGUUAAAAUCACAUUUAUUAUAUUUCAAUGUUCCUUUGUUGCUCAAUAAGUAAACUUUUAACUCUUGAAAGAAAAAAUGUAAAGCGUUCCUAAAGGCAAACCAAUGUUUCAAACUUCUCACAAAAUAUUAAAAUUGAUGAUACUUGGACCAAAACUUUCAAAAUAAAAACAACUGAAUACUGAUUAGCUUUGAUAGCGAAGAGAUGAUAGCAAAUUCGAGAUUGUGCGGAUUUCUCCCUAAGCAAACAUUCAUUAGACAUAGCAGAAAUAAUUUAUAAACAAACAACACCUAUGAUUGCAUUUGAACUUAUCCCAGAAACUAGCUAGGAUAACAAUCUCUUUUAAAACCACUGUUGAAAAAUAAAUACUUAUAUAAAAUUA